AAAAUCCUAGUGGGAAAGGGAGCUUACCCACUCCGACUCUGAUUUAGGUUUUAUUUAAGGAGAUUUGGGAGAGUUUUUCCAUAUUUGCCACCAAUUAAAAUUCCUAUAAUAAUUAGACUUCCCAAUCAGUCUUCAAUUAGACGAAUGUACACCUCUCUCUCUAUAUAUAUAUUUGUAUUGGCCUCACCAUCAAAGCAUUGCUUUAGUCAGCUGCGAUAGAUCUCCAGCCUUCCUAAGAGAGAAGAAUUAGGGAGAAUUUAAUUAGCGUGAAACAUGGCUCUAAGAUGGGUGGUUCAUUCAGCAUGCCAUAUUUUGGGACACGCAACAAUAAUGUUGAAGAUGGUCAUGGAGACACAAUGAUCAAGAAGCAGAACAUUGGGGAAGAUUGCAUGGAUAUGUAUCGGUCUGGUUUUCAGAUGCCUCUUCAUUACCCUCAUUACACCAAGGCCGACUACGAGGAGAUGGAGUGGAAAUUAGACUUGCUCCUCAGACAAUACGGUCUAAAUUUCAAGGCCACCCUUGAUGAGAAGAGAGCUUUUGCCAUGGGUGCAUUCCUCUGGCCCGAGCAGUAUUAAUCUAGUGCUUCUGAUUUUGAAAUUGAAUCGAUGCUACAUGCCUGCAACAAAUCUUAGUAUUCAAU